AUGUCGCUACCGCCCGAGCUCAUCCGCGUCAAGCGCAAAGCCUCGGAGAUUGAGCCCGUCUCCUACCUUCGCGUCCAGGAGCACAAGCGCCAUGUAACCGAUGCCUUUGUUUACCAGCGCCAGAAACAGGAGGCUGCUUUCGCCCACAUUCCCGUCCCUAGCUCUCAGAGGCCAAUCAUUCAUACUUCCGGCGCCAAACGUGGCAACGCCGCAUUCCAGAGCACGAAAGACAACAAUAACAACAAUUCAACCUCCAGCGGAGAUGAAGAGUCAUCAAAAGCACCCGAUGCGGCUGGCGGCGACCUAGAGUCUGCUGGACCUGGAGAUGAGCCCCGGCGUUUCCACAUGUCCAGAGCAGACAUCAUGCUUGCCUCUUCCAACUACCCGACUCAGCGCAAAUAUCGUGGCAUCGCCAAGAAGCGCUCCGCGCCCGCCCUCUUUGUCGAGCGCAAGCACAAGAGAUUGCCAUCGACCAAGUUCCAGAGUAUUGCCCAUGGCCUCAAUGUUGAGGACCCCAAGGAGGAAGCUCUGGGAGCGUCUCGGCACUCUACCUCGCAGACCCAAUCGCCGUCGCGUUCAGACCAGAUGGAAGUUGACAAUGCCGCAACCAAGCUGCGCAAGAAACCCGGACUAGCCAGACAAGCUCAACAAGAGGGCACAGCUUCACCCAAGAAGGCCGAGUUGCCGACUAGUAUGGUGGAUCGUUGGAAUGUCAAUCUAGAUCAGUUGACAGCCGACAUGAAUGCUUUUGCAUUGGAGCAAAUCGGUAUUAAUCUUCAGCGCCAAGAGGAGGAGGAGAGGAAGCAGCGCGAGAGGGAUGCGGCCCAACGAGCUCGCAUCGCUGCUGUCACGUCCUCGUCUACGACCUUUUCCUCGCCCAGUCCGUCGCGGUUCAAGCCCAAGGCGCCGGCAAAGCGAUACGCCGAGCGACACCCAGAGAAUGUUCCAAAGUCGGUCGACGAUGAUGCAACGAGCCCAGACGGCGCUGCUAGUGGCACAGACGAUGAGGACUACAUCAUUGAAACCUACGUACGUGUACCAGCCAGCACGAUAAGGAAGCAACACGUUGCUUCCAAAGAUGUGGGCUUGUUGGUAUUUGACGAAGAGCCAGAUAUGGAGUACUUUUACGGAGGGAAUAGUGACAGCGAGGACGAGUAUGCCGAGGAUGAGGACGAUGAAAAUGCCGAGAACCAUUAUACUGCCGAUUAUCCCGAUGAUGAGGUGGCAUCAGACGAUGAAUUCGGCCAAAAUGCUUAUGCCUACCGAAACGGAAACGCCUCAGAUCUGGAGGAGUAUGAUGUGAAUGGCUACCAAGAAAUCAACCCGGAUGAUGAUUCGGACUCUAAGGACGGUUUCAAGUCUUUCAUCGGUCGUGAUGGUACCAUAAGAAAACAUCUAUAA